CCUCCAAUAAGAAGAACAAAAAAGUCCUCCACAAACAAACACAAAUUUCCACAGCUAGCCAUGUUAUUAGACAUGUAUAGUACAAUCACUUCACUCUCAGAAAACCUCUCCCCACCCACGCCACCACCACCACCACCAUCUUCAUCACCAACAGUAAGCCGAUACGAGCUACAAAAACGUCGAGACUGGAACUCAUUCGGACAUUACUUAAAAAACCACAAACCACCAUUAAUACUAUCAAGGUGCAGUGGAGCCAACAUUCUUGAAUUCUUAAAGUAUUUAGACCAGUUCGGGAAAACUAAGGUUCAUAACUGUUCUUGUCCGUUUUUUGGACACCCUCAGCCGCCAGCACCGUGCACGUGUCCGUUGAGACAAGCGUGGGGGAGUCUUGACUCGCUUAUUGGUAGGCUACGCGCUGCAUUUGACGAGAAUGGUGGAAAAACGGAGAUGAAUCCGUUUGGUGCUAGAGCAGUGAGGUUGUAUUUGAGGGAAGUGAGAGACACGCAAGCUAAGGCGAGGGGAAUUGGUUAUGAGAAGAAGAAAAGAAGGAAUGUUAAGAGGCAUUUUGAGGAGCAUGAAAAAGAAGGAGAAGUGAUUAUAGCAUGAUGCAUGGGAAGAUAAAAGCUUGAGCUUUGAUGCUAGUACUAUAAUUAUUUGAAUUUUACACUAAUUAGUUUGUUGGAUUAUGUGAAUGAUAGAUAAGUAUAAAUCAGUUCUGCUUUUGAUAACCAAUAUAAUAUGGAUUUCGUGCUUUUCCCUUUUUGCAUAGGAGCAAUAUCUUUUUAUUAGUUAUAUCAUCUUCUGCUCCAAUUGAAAGUUUCAUUAGUAAUUCAUAUUGUUUUACA